AUGUUACGGAUUAUUGGGUACGGUACUAGCAUUAUUGCAACUUUUGUAUUCAGAUAUACUGAGGAAAAGGAUUUUAACGCCCUAGGUUGGAUAAAAGGGGCUGGGGAUCAAGGAAAUACCUACUCUAUCCGAGCGGAGAAAGGCCGAAGGAAUUUAUCCGAAUAUAACCGUAAAAAUAAUUGUCAUAUCAAAGUAGUUCGCGAUCAUACCGUUCAUUUGAGUGAUAUUGAAAACAUAAGUUUAUACUUACGUAAACGUAUUCGGCGUUAUUGUAUGGAUAUCAAAGAGCCUCUUCCUGACAUAAAUGUAAAAAAUGGCUACUUAACUAUAAAGAAUUCCCGGAUUGAAGGGAAAAAAUUCAAAUCUACCAUUUCAUCCAUUCUAUUGGGCUGGUCAUAUUCUGACUGGUCUGGAACUCCCAUUAAGGAAUUAUUGACGGAUCAUGAAUUGAAAGAAUUCAAUGUAAGUAUAAAUAUUAUGAUAGUCUAG